AUGACACCAACAGCAGAUGCUUACGAUCCGGAACGUGCUACGUUAUCGCGUCCAGAAGAAUUGAUUUCUGUGAUUGAACCAAAGGAGAAUGACGCAUCACAAACGUCUCCUGAAGCCGCUGUAACCGAAUCAACUCUAUCGUUAUCAUCAGCACAAAACGUUCCACAAUUCUUAGAUUCAAGUGUCAGCAUUUCUACUUCUAGAGGUACUACAUUUAGAGGGCGAGGUCGUUCUCGUGGAAAUCGUGGAGGGUUUAAUGCUAAUAAUAGAUAUGGUACUAGUGCAAAUAAAAAUGCGACAUUGGUGGUUGAGAAUAUACCGAAAGAAUUCUGUACGCUUGAUAAAGUGAAUGAAUUCUUUAAAAAGUUUGGUACUAUUACCAACAUCAACAUUGAUAUUAACUAUAACAAAGCCAUCAUUCAAUUCAGUAAUAGUUCAGAAGCAUAUAAAGCUUAUAAUUCUCCGGAGCCAAUUUUUGAUUAUCGAUUUGUUAAAGUAUAUUGGUAUAAGGAGAAAGAAGAGCCACAAACUUCAACUUCCACAAUACCAAAACCAGUUUCCCCUGUAAAACCAGAUCAUACCAUUGCUCAACCAGAAAUUUCACCUCCAGCUAAUGCAGCUGAAAAGAAAGAGGCUGAAGAAAAGGCUAAAAAACAAAAGGAAAGUCUUAAGGCAAUGCUUGAGAUUCAAAAACAAAGAGAGCAAUUGAUCAAUAGACAGAUUGAAGAACAAAAGAAAUUGAUGGAACUUGCUAAAAAGAAAAAUGUAAACUCCAAAAAUCGGGAAGAAGUUCUUAAAAGUUUGAGCAAAGUUUCUGAAGAUAUUAAGAAAGAUUCGAAUGUACCUGUUCGAAAACCUUCUUUGAGCGGAGCUAUUCAUCCAAAAAGUUUAUUGGAAGAAAAAGAAAGGGAACAGUUAGAUAGAGAACUCGAUAUUCUAAGCAAAAUAAACGAGAAUAGUGCUGCGAAUGAACCUUCAACUUCAGCAGCGUCAUCU